AUGGCAACGCUUCUCACAAUUCUUAAUCGCAACAAUGUGCAAGAAUUACCAAGUUUCUCUGGGGAGAAUAAAAGAGAAUGGCCAUACUUUGAAGAGGUCUACAAAUCGACCACAAUUGAGGGAAGGUAUAGCGAUAAAGAAAACGUUGCUCGUUUAAGAAAAGCAUUGAAAGGGGAGGCAUAUCAUAUGGUGAGUGAUAGAUUGAAGUAUUCAUCAGACGCAGAUGCAAUAAUGGACUCGUUGCGCACAAUGUUUGGGCGUUCAGGUGUUCUUGUCCAUGAUUUAACUGCCGAGUUGUUGAACCUCCCAAAACUUUCGUCAAAAUGCGAUCCAAAGCUUCGCAUAUGGGCGGUCAAAGUUAAUGGUUUCGUAGCAGAUUUGAAAUCUAUGAAUAAAGAAGAAGACCUGACAAAUGGGUACGUUUUAACUUGUCUGGCUUCGAGGUUAGGUGCAAGUCUCUACCAAGAAUGGCAAAAAAGGAAGUCAGGUUUAUUGAAUGUCAGUAUUCAACAAUUUGCCGAGUUCUUAACAGAGAAAGUUAUUGACCUACCACCUGAUUUAUUGAGGGUUGGAUCUGAACAAAAGAAAGCUUUCAACAAAACAUCCAGAGUACUCCUACACCAACCUGCUUCUGUGUCUACGAACGAUUUGUGUUACAAGUGUAGUAAAAAAAAGCAUGUUUUAUCUGAAUGCGAUGAGUUUUUGGCGUUGACACCGGUUGAAAGACAAGCUUUUGCUCAGGAGAAGUCUAUUUGUUUUACUUGUCUGAAUCCAUCUCGACAUCAAUGGAAAGUGUGUGCCAAAAAACGUUCAUGUGGUACCGAAGGUUGCAGCAGACGUCAUCAUUCAUUGUUGCACACGUCAGCAAAUACUAGUAGCACCGAAUUGAAUUCAUUAGCUGUGUCGUUUGUGCCGCAACCACAUAUUCAUUCAUCUCACGUUGGGUUUGACGUGUCUAUAUUGUUUAAAAUAGUUCCCAUCCGGAUUUAUGGCAACGGUGACCUAUUUGUAGACACGUAUGCUUUCUUGGAUGACGGUUCUUCCUUGUCGAUGGUUGAUGAAGAACUGUUUCAUGAACUUGGUUUGAAUGGGCAAUCUGAAAAACUCACAUUACAAUGGACAAAAGGCGUUUCUCGAGUUGAAGAUUGCAAGAAAACUACUUUUUCUGUUUCUGGUAUACAAACUCGCAAAAGGUAUGUUUUGCAGAAAGUAUACACAAUCAAGAAUCUAGGGCUGGCUAGUCAGUCCAUCGAUGUGACGCAUUUGAAAAGUUUAUAUCCGCAUCUCAGAGGACUGCCACUUGUUGAUUUGGUGGACGCUCGACCGAAAAUCCUGCUUGGCUUGGAUCAGGCGAAAUUUCUGUUAGGUCGAAGCCAACGGCAUGGCAAGGAUGACGAACCGCACGCCUUAAAGACACUUUUAGGCUGGAUAGUGUACGGCAGAUCAGCUCCGUCAAUGGCUCUAUCCUGUUUGGAGCCAGCAUCAAAACCUUCUAUGAGAGUCAUGUUUCACGAAGCCAUAAGGGAGGAAGCAGACCUGCACGAGCUUGUUCGUCAUCAUUUCACCACUGAAGAAUUCGGUGUUAUGGCCCCAAAAGGUGAAUUUGUUAGCAGAGAAGCUAUGCCAGAAUUGCGUCGCAAGAAGAAUUGGCCUAGGGUGUGGUACGCACCAACGUUUAUUAUAGUUAAUCCAAACAAGUCUCCUCCAAAGCCGAGAUGUGUGGCAGAUGUGGCGGCUAAAGUCAAUGGCGUCUCUUUGAAUACUUAUUUAUCAAAGGGACCUGAUAAUUUAGUUCCACUGCAUGCGGGUCUGUUCAAGUUCCGAGAGCGUGAAGUAGCGGUGAAUGGUGAUGUGCGAGAGAUGUUUCAUAGAAUUCGCAUAAAGGCUGAAGACCAACAAUGCCAACGCAUUCUGUGGCGAGAUGGAGACACAACCAGGCAGCCAAUUGUUUAUAUCAUGGAAGUAAUGAUGUUUGGACCAAGGUGUUCUCCAUCCUGCGCGCAAUAUGUAAAAAAUGUUCACGCCAACCGUUUUAAAGCUGAGUGUCCCGAAGCAGUUGAUGGGCUAACAAAACGGACAUACGUCGAUGACUAUUUUAAUAGCCACAACUCUAUGGAAGAAGCCGUAAAAGUCACGAGAGAUGCCUUGCGUAUAUGUCUUUCGAUUAACUUCGAUUUAGUUGGUAUACAAUCGAACAGCCGUGACUUUUUGCAGCAGAUGCCGGAGGCUAAUGUCAACCCUAAAUUGAUAAAGGUUCCUCGCCGUUACUCAUUAGCUAACCCAGACGACUGCAAAGUUAGUUUGAUUGUUUUCGUUGAUGCAUCAGAACAGGCAUUUGCUGCUGUGGCUUAUUUGCGUUUUGCUCGAGAAGAUGAGGUUCAAGUUACGCAAGUAAUGGCCAAGGCUAGAGUCGCACCCGUUAAGCAAUUAACCAUACCACGCCUAGAGUUGCAAGCUGCUGUGCUAGGUGUUAGAUUAGCAGCUACUAUUAAGGCCUCGCACACUAUUAGAAUGGAUGAGUCUCUUUUUUUAUCAGACUCGAAAACUGUGCUGGCUUGGAUCAACUCGUCUAAUUCUAAGUUGCCGUCUUUUGUUGCUUCAAAGAUAGGUGAGAUAUUGGAUUCUACUUCACCUCGUGAAUGGUUCCAUGUUGGUUCUAUCGAUAACGUGGCUGAUGACGGCACUAAGCGUUUUGACGUGUCAAUGGGUAAUCAAAAUACACGUUGGUUCAAAGGCCCAGAAUUUUUAAAACGUCCUUUUGAGGAUUGGCCCGUUACUACUUACGUUGAGAAGGCAGAUAUUAAGACUUGCAUCACUCAUCUUCAUACUUAUAAACCAAAGCUUUACUACGGUGCUUUUGAGAUGUUAUCUGCUAGAUUUCAAACAAGAUGGUGUUCAUCAGUUCGAGCUAUUGCGUUUUUACUGCGAUUUAAACACUUUCUUCAAAGAAGGCCCAUCGAACAAGAAGCUUACAUAUCACCUUUCGAGUUCAGAAAAGCUGAAGAAUGGAUGUUUCGGAAGAUUCAGGGUGAGUGUUUUUCAUUGGAUAUAGCUUCUUUGAGGUCAGGUGGCAUGGUCAGUUCUUCGAGUUCAUUACUGAGCCUUUCACCGUUUCUGGACGAAGACGGAACGUUGCGGCUAAGUUCGAGAGCGCAAAAGGCAAAUUCUUCAUACUCAUCCCGAAAUCCAGCGAUACUACCUAACAGACAUCCUUUAGUUGAUCUUUUUAUCGAAUAUCAUCAUAAGAAAAAUUCUCACAUAGGAACCGAGACAGUAAUAUCAGAUAUUCGUGAAUCCGCCUGGAUAAUAAGUAUACGUUCAACUGUUGAGAGAGUAAGAAAAGGGUGCUUUAUGUGCAAAUAUCUGAAGACUAAACCAAUUAUGCCGAUAAUGGGUCAACUUCCUGAAGCUCGAUUGGCCUUUGACUGCAGACCCUUUACCCAUGUAGGGGUGGAUUGUUUCGGACCUAUGGUUUGGUUAAAUUUGGUAGAGGUACGAGCUGUACAAAUAGAGGUUUUAAAUGAUUUGAGCUUAGACCAGUGUACCAUGGCGGUAAGGCGUUUUGUAAUAAAUCGUGUUGUAACAAGAUUCUUCUACAGUGAUAAUGGCCUUAACUUUGUGGGAACUAAAAAUCUGUUAGAAAAAGACGCUAAGGAGAUGGAGAACUCCCUUUGCGAGUAUUCUUCAAGUAUCGACUUUGUUCUUAAGGGUAUCGUGCCUAGAGAGGAUGUCUUAAGAAACGCCCUUACUGAAGCUCAGGGGCAGUUGAAUAGGCGCCCGCUCACUUACAACCCGGUCGACCCUGAGGAUCCCAAGCCCUUAACGCCAAACUCAAUGCUAUUCGGAGUGGACGAUCGAGAUGUCACAGCUCCUGGAGUAUUUUCGGAUAGCGAUUGUUCCAGCCGAUUCUAUAGUCGCCGAUCUCAGUAUCUGAUGGCCGAACUUACAAGACGAUGGUACAAGGAAUAUUUGCCUACUAUUACGAGACGAUCCAAAUGGUUUAAAAAAAAAACAAAACCAGUCGAAGUGAAUGAUGUUGUCAUCGUAAUUGAACCCAAUGAGAUACGUUCGGCUUGGCAUUUGGGACGUGUUAUCCAAGUUUAUGCUGGUCCAGAUGGGGUUGUUCGAAUGGCCGAUGUUAAACUAUCAAACGGUUCUAUAAAGAAGAAGAGAUCUGUAGGAAGACUCGCUGUUUUGGACUUGGAGUCUUCGCCUACUUCUCAGACGGCCCCCGGAAUGUCAUCGAGUCCUUAA